GAACGUCGUCACUCUGCUGCUCCACCCCCCCUUCCCGCGCAUCGUCAGGUGAACGAAAGACUUGUCUACUGUAUUCUACUCUACCUACCCGGAGAGACACACCCCGGUACGUGGGUUCCCGAGCGAAUGUCUUGGUGCUGGAUUGGAUCCGUCUCGUCUGUCUGUCUCUGUCUCUGUGCCCGUGCCUCUUCUUCCUUACAAGCUUUCCUUCCUUCCUCUUCCAAACCCUCCAACAACACGUUCCCUUUCCCAGCAACAGCAGCAACACAAAGCUCAGUGUGCAACAUCACCAUCACCACCUCCACCAUCACUCCAAUCACUGCCAAUCACAACUCCGCUGCCUACUCCCCCUCCCCAUUCUCACUCCACCCCCCAGUCUAACCGACAGACGCCACAGUCGAGGAAUCAAGGAAUUAAAAAAAGCUUGCCG